AUGGCGGAAACAAAAGACGUGCUUGUUGUAGGCGCGGGCGUCCUGGGCCUCACUUGUGCUCUUGAGCUACGAAAGCAGGGGUAUCGUGUUACGAUCGUUGCGCGCGACUUGCCCGUGGACCUGUCCUCGCAAUCGUUCGCUUCGCCGUGGGCAGGCGCGAACUGGCUUUCGUUUGCAAACACCAAUGAGGUUGAGCGCCGUCGUGAUGCACACAGCUACAAAAUCUUUCAACAACUGACUGAGGUACUGCCUCCUCAUGUACUCGCGUUUAUGCCAUUCGCCAUUUAUCACUCCAAAAAAGACGAUUUUGAUACCUACUGGUUUGGCCAACUUUGUGGUGGUGUGCGUACCAUGGCCGGAUGCUUACCCCUACAGAUAAACACACACGAUGCCACACCCACUGCAUUGCCAUCUGCACCGUACCUGUACGAGUUCCGCUCUUUAUGUCUUAACGUCCCUCUCUACCUGCAGUGGCUCGUCAGCAAGCUCGAAGAGGAUUGCAGCGACUUUACAGCACCGCCUGUACGCUUCGUCCGCGCAUACCUGCCUUCGCUGGCAUCGGCAGCGUCGUACUUUUCUGAUGCGAAGCUGAUUGUGAAUGCCACGGGAUUGGGAAGCCAAAGCCUGGACGACGUGCGCGAUCCUGCUGUAUAUCCCAUUCGCGGUCAAACCGUCCUUGUGUGGAUCCCACAGUUCCGGGACUCGAAAUACACAAAAUGCUACAGUUCUAUUGGCAAGCAUGGCGCGAUAUAUAUUAUCCCGCGUGCACGCAGCGGCGAAGUCGUGCUGGGCGGCACAUUUGACGUGCGCAACACCAACUCACUCCUGCCAAAUGCCGCCGUCACGGAGCGGAUUUUGAAAGACGCCGUGAAAGUUGCGCCGGAGCUGCUUGCACAAGGAGUCGAUCCAAAUAGCCCAGAUGCAUGGAAAUCGAUCAAGGUACUCCGCGAGAAUGUGGGCGUGCGCCCUGCCAGGGAAGGCGGCGCGCGUGUGGAAUUGGACCAGCACUCCAUCCAGGCCGAUGGACGCACCGUCAGUGUGAUUCACGCGUACGGAAUUGGACCUGCCGGGUACCAAGCGAGUCAUGGCAUCGCAUCCGAGGUCGGCCAGCUUGCCAACGAAUGGCAGCGCCGCUCCAACGCCCACCUGUAG